UCUCUCUCCUCUCAUCCCCAGCUCACCCCCGCGACGCGACCGAUGUGCCGGGGCCCGUGAGGAUCGCGCGCUGCCGCCGCCGCGGCCGGCGAUGACCUCCGCCGCGGUGCUCGCCGGCGGGAAUGAGGCCCACCGCGCGCACCCGCACCACCACCACCACCGCCACUGGGGCGCCCCCCUCAUGCCCAAGCCCUCGUCCGCCCGGCGCCACCGCCCGGCCGCCCCCGCGAACCCGACCCCCGGCGGCCCGCCCACGCCGCCGCGGGCCGUCCCGGCGGCCGCGCCGGAGCCGCCGCCGGAUCCGGAGCCGUCCUCCUCGGGGCGCGUCGUGUUCCGGCCCUCGGAGAUGGCCCCCGCCGAGGCGCGGCGCCUCCGGGCGCGCCUCGCCGGCGAGCUCGGCCGCGUCCGCGCGCUCCUCUCCCGCGUCGACGCGCCGUCGUGGCGUCAGCAGCAGGAGGACGCCCGGCCGCCGCCGCCGCCGCCCGCGCUGGCGGAGGCGAUGCAGCGGCGGUGCGCGGAGAUCCUGACGCGGCUGCGCAAGUCCAAGCACAGCGUGUGGUUCAACUCCCCCGUCGACGUCGAGGGCCUCCGGCUGCACGACUACCACGCCAUCAUCCGCCGCCCCAUGGACCUCGGCACCGUCAAGCGGAACCUCGCCGCCGGCCGCUACUACCCCUCGCACGAGGCCUUCGCCGCCGACGUCCGCCUCACCUUCAACAACGCCGCGCGCUACAACCCGCCCGACCACCACGUGCACCGCUACGCCGGCAGCCUCCUCGCCACGUUCGAGGGGCUCUACGGGGAGGCCGUCGCGUGGUUCGAGCAGCAGCAGCAGCAACCGGUCUCCGUGCCGGUGCAGCCGGCGCCCCCUCGGGUGGGGGCUGGUGGGAGGAGGCCCAAGCCCAAGGCGAGGGAGCUGAACAAGAGGGACAUGGACGAGGAGGAGAAGCAGAAGCUGAGGGUGGAGAUCGAGAGCCUGCCGGAGGAGAAGAUGGUGAACGUGCUGCAGAUCGUGCAGAAGAGGAACAGUGAUCCGGCGCUGACGGGGGAGGUCGUGGAGCUCGAUUUCGACGAGCUGGAUACUGAGACCCUGUGGGAGCUCGACCGAUUCGUGGUCAAUUGGAGGAAGGCGAUGAAGAAGAACCAGUGGAAUUCCGUGAUGAACGGUGAUGCUGCCGCGAUGAACGGGGACGCCAUUGAUGUGACAGUAGUUGCUCCAGAUGAGGAUGACAUGGUCCAGGUGGAUGAUGCCAAUCCACCCAUGGCGGUUGACAUUGGAGAUUCGGAGACUGACGUGCCGGAGAAGAGGGCAGUGACGGAGCCGGACAUGGUGGAUGAGUAUGUGGACAUCGGCGAUGAGAUGCCGACGGUGAACUACCAGUCGGUGGAGAUCGAGAAGGAUGCCCAAGUGGGUAGCAGCUCAAGCGGGUCUGGGAGUGGCUCAUCUUCAUCCAGUGAUUCUGACUCGGAUUCGGAUUCUGACGGGGAUGAUGCUCGCUCCCCUGACUAGUAGGUGGUGCUCAUGUCCCUGACUGUAGGAUUAGUGAUUUGAUGAGUAGGUGACUGAGGUUCCUUUUUUGGUGAGGUGUUUUGAAGAAUGGUAUAGCAAAUUGGACGGCUCUUGUUCAUACAGAUCACUGUGAGGUGUGUUUGUGUGUAUGUGGAUGCAGCUUAGGUUGUUGGUACUGUAUUAAUUAGUAAAUGGAUAGCUUAGAUGUUUGGGUAGAUGGGGAGCCUCCUUGCAAGUCGCAACUGUAAAGAAAAGAACAUAUUCCGGAACAAAGACGAAAGACAGCAAUGCCUUGGCAUUUCGUCAAAA